CUUUCAUUGUGAGAACAGUGCAGAUUUCUGAGGGUGUGGUUUGGUGCCGAGGACCGGAAAUAAAAGGAGCCUGAGCUCUUUAACUCUUCACUCUUUACUUCAGCUGCUGGACCUGCUCUGCACUCUUUAACCUAAACAUGGACAGCAGCUCAGGAUUCAGAGUAAAUAAUGAGGAGCUGAGGAUUGUGAUGGUGGGAAAGACUGGAAUCGGGAAGAGUUCCACUGGAAACACCAUUCUGGGACGACAGUGCUUUGAAUCAAAGUUCAGUGCUAAGUCUAUGACUGUGGACUGUUCUAAGGGCAGAGCGACAGUCGAUGGACAACAGGUUGUGGUCAUUGACACCCCAGGUCUGUUUGACACCAGGUUUGGCCUUGAUAAAACAACUGGUGAUAUAUGCCAGUGUAUCACUUAUGCCUCUCCUGGACCCCAUAUCUUCCUGGUGGUCAUCAGACUGGGCAGAUUUACUGACGAGGAAAAGCAGACGGUGCAGAAGAUUCAAAAAAUCUUUGGCCAGGCUGCAGACAGAUACAGCAUGGUUCUCUUCACUGGUGGUGACCUUCUGGAAGACUCCACCAUCGAGGAGUUCUUGGGUGAAAGCUUAGAACUUCAAGAACUCGUGGCCAGGUGUAACGGCCAGUACCACGUCUUCAACAACAAGCUGAAGGAUCAUUCUCAGGUCAGGGAGCUGCUCCAGAAGAUCAGAAAUAUAGUCCAGAAGAACGGAGGAAGCCACUACACCAACCAGAUGUUCCAAGAGGCCGAGAGGGCGAUUGAGGAAGAGAAACGACGAAUCCUGAGAGAGAAAGAAGAACAGAUACGCAAAGAGAGGGAGGAAGUGGAGAGGAAAAUCCAGGAAAAAUAUGAAAAACAGAUGGAGAAAAUUAAUGAACAACUCCAGGCUGAGAGAGAGAGGGAGAGGAGAGAGAGAGAGGAGGAGAGGAAGAGGGAGAAGGAAGAGAUGAAUGAGGAGAGAAGGAGGGAGAGGGAGGAGAGAGAAGCAGAGCAACAGAGAGAGAGACAGGAGAGAGAGAGGGAGAUGGAAAGGAUGAAGAAUGAAUUGAAGGAGCAGCAUGACAGAGAACUGAGAGAGGAAAGACAAAAGCUGCAGUCCAGGUAUGAAAAUGCAGCCAGAGAAGAAGCUGAGGACGGAAAUCCGUUACAUGCUCUGGUUAAAGCCGUUGGUCUGGCAGUUAAUGCAUUUACACAACUGGGAGGGAUAAUCAAGAGCUUCUUUAAAUUCUGCUGCUGGACCUGCUCUGCACUCUUUAACCUUUUAAACAUGGACAGCAGCGCAGGAUUCAGAGUAAAUAAUGAGGAGCUGAGGAUUGUGAUGGUGGGAAAGACUGGAAUCGGGAAGAGCGCCGCUGGAAACACCAUUCUGGGACGAAAGUGCUUUGAAUCAAAGUUCAGUGCUAAGUCUAUGACUGUGGACUGUUCUAAGGGCAAAGACAUAGUUGAUGGACAACAGGUUGCGGUCAUUGACACCCCGGGCCUGUUUGACACCAGGUUUGACCCUGAACGUACACAUAAAGAUUUAAAUCAAUGCAUCUCCUUCGCUGCUCCUGGACCCCAUAUCUUCCUGGUGGUCAUCAGACUGGGCAGAUUCACUGACGAGGAAAAGCAGACAGUGCAGAAGAUUCAGGAAAUCUUUGGCCAGGCUGCAGACAGAUACAGCAUGGUUCUCUUCACUGGUGGUGACCUUCUGGAAGACUCCACCAUCGAGGAGUUCUUGGAAGGAAGCUUAGAACUUCAAGAACUCGUGGCCAGGUGUAACGGCCAGUACCACGUCUUCAACAACAAGCUGAAGGAUCGUUCUCAGGUCAGGGAGCUGCUCCAGAAGAUCAGAAAUAUAGUCCAGAAGAACGGAGGAAGCCACUACACCAACCAGAUGUUCCAAGAGGCCGAGAGGGCGAUUGAGGAAGAGAAACGACGAAUCCUGAGAGAGAAAGAAGAACAGAUACGCAAAGAGAGGGAGGAAGUGGAGAGGAAACUCAAAGAAGUAUAUGACCAGGAGAUGAGGAGAAUUAAUGAACAACUGCAGGCUGAGAGAGAGAGGGAGAGGAGAGAGAGAGAGGAGGAGAUGAGGAGGAUGAAGGAGGAGAUGAAUGAGCAGAGGAGGAGGGAGAUGAUGGAGAGAGAAGCUGAGAGACAGAGAGAGAGAGAGGAGAGACAAAAGGAGAUGGAAAGAACGCAGAGAGAAUUAAGAGAAGCUCAUGAGAGGAAAAUGAGAGAGGAAGAGCAAAGAUUACGGGAGGAACAUGCGAGACGAGCCAGGGCUCAAGCUGAGCGCUCUAACCGAUCCUCCGGCUGUGUAAUCCUGUAAUUUAACUAACGAAUGUCGGCCUGCUUCUAACCUCAGCACAGUCUUAUGGGUUUGUCUGUUUCAUGUCAACUUAGUGUCUUGUGUUGUGAUGUAUUUGGGAUAAUUUGGACGUUUUUGUUUGUACAUGUAUAUUUCUCAGAUGAGUCACACUGUCUGAACCUCUUUUCAUCUGAGAUGAUUACUAAUAUUACUCCAUGUUUACUGCAUGUGUAGAUGUGUCUCCCACAUUGUGAUUGGUAACAAUCAGUGACUGUAUACAGGUCUGGGUGAAGCUGUGUUGUAAACUGACAAUGAUUUGUGAAGUUUAACUGCUGUUCUAGUUUAAUAAACUUCCUGCCACUGA